GUGUGUGUGUGUGAAAAAAAGGACAUCACCCAUUGCCACAGGAUUUGGGGACUCCUGCUAAUUUAUUGAGCCAGAGCCGAAAAGAGUUUAGAACGUGACUAAAACAGACAAGCAAAACCAAACCAAAGAAGAAAAAAAAACGAGUGAAAAAAGAAAAAAACCUAAGGAAAAAGCCAAAACUAAUUUGCACUUUGAAGUGAGUUCUCGCUGCGUGUGAGUUUCUGCGGCGGAUUUGUUGCUCUCCCUCUGUCUCAUCGCUGCAGCGAAAGUUUUUCCCGGAUUUGCUUGAAAGACAACACCCAAAGUGCGAAGACAUUCUCCUCCUGUCGACUGACCACUAUAAUAUUUUUGGAAUGUUCCCAGAGCGCCGCAUUCUGCUUUAAGCAUCAGACUAUAAGUGCUCGUUGCUUCAGCUCUAACGACUCCCGGGCGGCAUUGUCUGUCGGUUGUGUUCCACAAAAAAGGUCCUGUGUGUGGGCUUUCAGGAGAGAGCCACAGAGACAUUGCAUUAGUCAGCAAAUAGAUUGACGACGCGGUCUGCCCCUGAACGUGACGAGGCCUUUUCCCCCAGCACUCAAUCGAAAGGAAAGAAGCGCCACCCCACCCAUUGAAGCCCGCAACGAAAUGUUGCCGCAUCAUCAGCGCCAUAAAAUGGCGGCCUCAGCGGCUUCAGUGCUGCUGCUGCUGUUGCUGUGCUGUUGCCUGAUGGCGCCGCCAACCGAGGCGCGUUCCAGUGACAAGGAGGGACGCCGCAAUCGCAGUCGUCAGCAGGGAGGUAGCAGUAGCAGCAGCGGCUCCGUGGCAGCCUCAACCAGCACUAAUGGCGCCUACUAUGGCGGCUCAUCCUCAGUGGGUGCCUCCUCCUCCUCGUUGACAGCCGCAAGCUCUGGUUCUGGCUAUGUCUUCACCAGCAGCUCCUCACUGCCGGGCGGCAGCACUGGCUACACUGGACCCAUGGACUCCACCGGUUUCUGCACGCGCAGGCGGGACAUGAAGCUGAUGUGCUACUGCACGCCCGACGAGAACCAUGUGCCGGUGCAGAAGGCCGAGUGUUGGGUGUUCUCCGAGGGACUGCAUCAGAAUGACACCACAUGGACGCGAUUCUACCAGCAGAAGCGGCUGCGGGAACUGAAGUUUGUGAUUCAGAACAACGCGCGACUCGACUACAUUCCCACAAUGAUCAUUGAGCCGCUGAAGAACCUGAGCAGCAUCGUCAUUGAGUACUCCCAGGUGGAGAUCGUGAAGAGCUAUGCCUUUGCCAAUCUGCCCUUCCUCGAGAGAAUUAUCCUGAACAACAAUCACAUUAUGGCCCUCGAUCAGGACGCCUUUGCCAAUCACAUCCGCCUGCGUGAACUCAAUCUGGAGCACAAUCAGAUCUUCGAGAUGGAUCGCUAUGCCUUCCGCAAUCUGCCGCUCUGCGAGCGUCUCUUUCUCAACAACAACAACAUAAGCACCCUCCACGAGGGUCUCUUCGCGGACAUGGCGCGUCUCACUUACCUGAAUUUGGCCCACAAUCAAAUCAAUGUGCUCACGAGCGAAAUCUUUCGCGGCUUGGGCAACCUCAAUGUCCUGAAGCUGACGCGUAAUAAUCUGAACUUUAUUGGCGACACGGUCUUUGCAGAGCUGUGGAGCUUGAGUGAACUGGAACUGGAUGAUAAUCGCAUUGAGAGAAUCUCCGAGCGUGCUUUGGAUGGUUUGAAUACCUUGAAAACUUUGAAUUUGAGAAAUAAUUUACUCAAGAAAAUCGACAAUGGCCUUCUGCGUGGCACCCCAGCGCUGCUGUCCAUCAAUGUGCAGGCGAACAAAUUGGAAACGCUGACAUUCUACACGUUCCAGCCAAUUAUGGACAAUUUGGUUAACAGCACCAGUGAGCUGUUGGUGUCAGACAACAAAUUCAUUUGCGACUGUCGUCUACAAUGGAUCUUUGAAUUGAAAAAUCGCACACGUCACCUGCAGCUGCGUGACUCGCUGGAUGAGCUGCACUGCUCGCUGCCAGACCCGAAGCUGUCGCAUUUCGUGGACCCAGUGCCAUCGACAAUUCUGGAUUUGUUGAACGUUGGCGGCUUCACGGCCAUCGGCAGCAAUAGCGCCAGCAUGGGCGGCAUCGGCAACAGCGUGGUGGGCAGCAGCUACAGCAGCCUGGACGACCUGAGCAUCGGCGGUGGAUCCUCCCGCAAGCAUACGACGAGCAAAUCCCGUCAGGCAUUACGCGGACAGCGACAGUUUGCGGCCGAGAAUGUGGUGGAGGGUAAGAUGCGACGCAAGAGGCAGCAGGAGCAGCAGCAGCAGGAGAAGGAGCUGGCAAAGGGGCAACUGGCUGCCGUGGCGCCCACCCACAAGCGGUACGACUACUACGACGAUGUCAAUGGAGGACUGGGACUGGCGCUGGGCCAUGACCUCGACGAUAAUCUGAAUCUGCAUAAGCAGGGGGGCUCCUUCUACAGCCCGGGCACGGCCACCGGAACGAAUCACAACGAUGUGGAGGUGCUGAUGGGGCCCCAUCAGUCGUCAGCCACUGGGGCGGACUCCAUCGAUGCCCUGGCCAACAAGAACACGAUCUAUGUGCGACUAUUCCUGCUGAAGCCCGAGAUGCUGCCCUGCCACGACGAGCUGAGCGAUCCCACCGAGCUGCCCCUGUCCCGCGAUCUCAUGGAUGUGCGCAGCAAUGUACAGGAUUCGCCGUUGAGCGGUGCCCCGCGACAGGAUCUGCUCUCGGGACUGAUUCUCCUUUGCCUGCUGGCGGUGGCGAUCAGUCGGGGUUGAUUCGGCUGCGAUGAACUGCAAUUCUGCUCGUUUGAGAACGCUUCGUCUGUAUUCUGCAUUCAGUUUGGUUAUUUAUUGUACAUACUCGAGAGCCUUCAUCCCACGGCAGCAGCAGCAGCGGCAGCGGCAGCGGCUGACUGCGAACAGAGUGGAAACGGAAACCCUUUGGAAACGAGCUUCAUGCAACACGAGCGAUAUAAGCCUAGAGAGCAAACAAAUGUCUUUGUAAAUAUGUAAAAAAAAAAAACAGAAACAGAAACCGAAACCGAAACGAAAAUUCGAUUAAAAACCUUCUACUAUAAUCCUAGCUAAUGUUAGCUGUAAUGUUACGACUACUCGACUUUCGAUCCUAAAACCUAGAACUUCAGAAAACAACAGCA